ACUAUAACUUUAAAGUAACUAGUAUAUAAAACAAUUUAUAUCACUGUCCCUAGCCCAUUCUUGACAACACCGUCAAAAGUAUAAAGAUGAUACGGUGGAUAUUUCUGUUUUCGGUUUUUGGUCGUAUUGUUUGUCAGAGUAAUACGGAUGUUCAAAACUUACUAACACAACUUUUCACAACAAAUAGUUAUAACUAUUUGAUCCGACCUAGCACCGACCAGUCAGUGACAAAAGAAGUCUAUAUAAGUUUCACUCUUUACGGAAUAACGGGAAUUGACGAGAUUGAACAGAAACUUACAACUACGGGAUGGUUGGAGGUACAUUGGCAAGAUGACCUUUUGACAUGGACACCUUCCAGUUAUGGUGGAUUACAGGAACUUUAUGUUCCACAGGGAAAUAUCUGGAAACCGGAUAUCUCAUUGCAAAAUGGUUUCACUGAUUUGGAAGAACUCGGAUCUAAAUUCAUUCAAGUAAAUAUUCAGAGCGAUGGUCAAGUCACGUGGCGUCCCUUUCAAGUGUUCAGUACAAAGUGCAGUCUUGAUUCGACCUAUUUCCCUUUCGAUAGACAAACAUGUGACCUAGUGUUCGUCGCGUGGAGUCUUGAUCGACACGAUGUAUUUCUUGCGCAAUAUUCUGACGGAAUAGAAAUUUCUGAAGAAUUACAAUCUCAUGGAGAAUGGGAAAUAAUAACAUCGUCCGCUACAGACGAGGUAGAAAGUUACGAAACUAAAGUAAAAUUUACAAUUGUUAUACAGAGGAAGCCAUUGUUUGUUAUUAUGAAUUUUGUUCUUCCCAUCAUAUUGCUCUCUCUAUUGGACAUUUUCACUUUUAAGAUUCCCGCGGAUAUUGGAGAGCGAUUGGGUUACACGAUUACUGUAUGGUUGUCAUUUGCGGUAUUUCUGACGAUUGUUUCAGCUUCUCUUCCUCAGAGUUCAGAAACGGUCCCUAUAAUGUCCGUUUAUAUAAUUAUACAACUGGUUAUGGGAACUCUCAUUGUGCUUAUUUCGACCGUAGAAUCUGGUUUGAUAACUCUUUCAUCGGAAGAACCAGUAUACAAGAUAUUGAAAAUUCUUGCAAUACGCAUGCGUGGUAAAAAGGUUUCUAUUUCAGAAGAAUCCAAAAAAGAUGCAGUAGCAGAGGAGGAUGUCACGUGGAAAGAAGCUAUCACAGCAUUGGAUAGAUUAUUGUUUUGGAUUUGCUUUGCGAUAUUCGUUCUAUCCACCAUGAUUGCUUUUCUAGUUGCUGGAUUGAAAUACAAAUGACAACUUUCAAGUUUCUAUACAGUUUGUAUCUACAGGACUGUUUUUAUCUUACUUAUUCAAAUAAUAGUGACAAAUACAAUGGUUUGAAUUUGUUUUAUUGGGAAAUCAAAAACGUUAUUCUUUACUUUCAUUUGUGAAAGACCAUUUAACUUCAAGGCGGAGUUAUGAUUUUUUCAUUAAAAAAAUAUUCUGAUCCCCAAUUUGAUGUCAACAAGCAAAUGACCAAAUAAAACGUUUUGUACUCAGAUUUUUCCCAUACCUUAUAGUUCUAAAUUUUGAAAACAAUUACUUUGAUUGAUAGCGUUGAAGACAAAAAAAUCAAGUUUGACACAGACAAAAUACCAUAAUCCCGCCUUGGUGUUAAAUGGUUUCUCCCUUAGGCAAAAAGUAAUGUGCUUCCAACCUCCAGACCAAUACUUAAUGUUCAUGUCUACCCAUUUAAAUUUUAUGUACAAUUUUGAUGAGGCACAACAAGGAUUUGUAUAGUGACACUAUAAAAAUCCUUUGGUACAAUAAGUGUGAAGAAUAUUGUUUAUCAAGCACCAACCUAUAAAUCCAAAAUAUUCCGUUAAAAUCUGUGUAAAUUUAAAAAAAAAAAGAAUAAAACAGUUUACCCAAACGCUUUUUUGUUCUUCCGGGCGUCAGGAAACAAGUGCAUAAUUUUACUUGUCCUACACCAAAAACUUAUCUUCUCUCAUCAUAAAAAUUCUUUAAAAUAGUAAGGUUUGUCUUUUUAUUUGAUAUAGUAAUAAUGUUCUGCUCAGCUGAUUCGGCUUCUUCUUUCCGUAGUUUUCUUUCAUAUAAUAAAUUGAGAAUAGAAAUCGGGAAUAUGUCAAAGAGUCAACAACCUGACCAAAGAGCAGAUAACAGCCGAAGGCUACCAAUGAGAUAAUAAUAGGCAACAUGUUCCAGAAUAAAGAACGAUAAAAUUAAAGAAUAGAGAAAAUAGGCAAAACAGAUUAGAAAAUGGGAAAAAAAAAUGUCAAAUAAAUUAUAAAUUUAUUUAGAGAAAAAUGGUCUAAAAUUAAACUAAUGGAUCCUCGAUUCAGAUAAUCAACUUUUUUUUUACAGUUUUUAAUUGUUAUUUAUUUACUUUUUUAUUUAUUUUGAAUAGUUUUCAGCGGUAAAACUAUCAA